AUGUCUAAUGGAUAUCGUACACUGUCUCAGCACCUCAAUGACUUGAAGAAGGAGAACUUCAGCCUUAAGUUGCGCAUCUACUUCUUGGAGGAGCGCAUACAGCAAAAGUAUGAAGACAAUAGAGAGGAUGUCUACAGACAGAACAUUGAGCUAAAAGUGGAAGUGGAGAGCCUGAAGCAAGAGCUCCAGGAGAAGCAGCAAAGUUUAGAAAAAGCAUGGACAGAAGCCGAGAAUCAGAGCAAUAAAGAUGAAGCUGAGAUCUGUCGUCUACCAAAGAAUAAGCAUGUCUAUGAGACCCUGGGGAAAAAAAUCCAGGCACUACAUGAGGAGGUGCAAUCUGCAAAGACCAAAGCAGAGAAGAUGGCAACCUUAGCUGAAAUUGAAAAGAAACACAGUCUGGAACUCAACAAGCAGCUGAUGGAUCUUUCUAAGAAGCAAGAUGAAAUUAAAAAAAGCCAGACACUUCUUAUAGCAAAGAAGGACAAGAAGAUUAAUGAGCUGAUAAAGAAUAUGAAAGGGAAGGAACAACUCCUUGCAUUACAAUCCACAAAGGAACUGAAUCUGUCACUAAGUCUGGAGAAACCUGAACAAACUAAAGUGCAGAUCAAUACAGAGAUGAACUCCACCAUCUUUCUUCUCUUUGAAGAGUACUGGGGCCGCUACUUCUGA